GCCGAUGAGAAGGGAAGAUGACGGAGAUGAAAAGUUGAUUGCAGUGAGAGGCGAGCCGUAGGAGCAGAGAAGCGGCAGGGUCGUUUGGAAUUUCAGAGAGAACCAACGAAGAAAGCGAGAAGAAGAAGAUGUGUGGAAUAAGAGAAUACACGAUUUACUUUGGACAAUAAAAGUUAUAAUUUUUUUUUAAUUGUAGCAGGUUAGCCGGUGAAAGAGAAAGGAUAAGAUAGUAUUAUUAUGUAUUAUUGACGCUGUCUAUACAUUUGUUAGGUAAAAGUGCUAUAAGGUGAAUUACUUUUUUUUUCAUGUCUAUAUCUCCUAAUUUCCCAUAUCUCAUUCUCUUGAUUUUGUUUUCAUGAUCGAUGGUUAAUUACCUUCACGCUACAACUUGCAAAAAUGAUACUAUACGUUGUUACUGAAGAGGCCCGGCCAAUUUUAGACUUUAUACAAUUGUGAACAAUAUCUAAUGUAUUUUAAUUACAAUGUUGGUCAAUUGUAGUCUAAAAUUGAGAGAAGAUUCUAAGAAUGAAUCAAUUGUCAUACAUAUGGUCUUUAACAUACUUACAUGGACCAUUGUAGUAGGUAUUAUAUAAACAUUUUACGUCAUCACUCAUCCUUACAAGAACAUAUUUUAUCGAACCAAAUUAUUAAUUGUUAUAUCAUGGACUCGAUAAUGUUGGUAAGUGUAUUUCCCUUUGAAAUUUUCACUCAACCAACAAAUUUCUUUUAUUUAUAUUUUAACAUUUUAGUUCCGUUCUUCUGCUUUUGACCAUACUAGUUCUAUCUUUAAUUAGACUCCAAUAUUCAAAUAUCAUGUUUCCUUUCUAUCUAUUUGUUUUCAGUUUCAAGAAAACAAACUUAACUCCUUUCUCACACACAAAAAUCGAAAAACAAACUUACAAAUAAGAGAGGGAACAAACCGCACAUGUCCUACAGAAAAGUCAAAGGUCCCUUAUAAAUAAGUAACCAAAUAAAUUUCAAAUUUUACAUAAGUGAAGACAGCAAAUCAAAUAACGUAUUUCACAAUGUGCAUGUCUAAAACCAUAGUUCUAGCUCUCUUUGUUGCAACGCUCAGAGCGUCUUGCAACGCGGUCACAAACGCCAGACCACAGCCACCUUUCCCGGCAAUUCUAAUCUUUGGGGACUCAACCGCAGACACAGGCAACAACAACUACCAUUCACAGGCUGUCUUCAAGGCUAAGCAUCUCCCUUACGGCGUUGAUCUCCCCGGUCAUGAAGCUAACGGAAGGUUCUCUAAUGGAAAGCUAAUCUCUGAUGUUAUAGCCUCCAAACUUAACAUCAAAGAGUUUGUUCCUCCGUUUCUACAACCUAACAUCUCCGACCAAGACAUUGUUACUGGAGUCUGUUUCGCAUCUGCUGGUGCGGGUUAUGAUGAUCGUACCUCGCUCUCGAGCAAGGCGAUUCCAGUCUCAAAACAACCAAGCAUGUUCAAGGAUUACAUUGCUCGUCUCAAAGGUAUCGUAGGAGACAAGAAAGCGAUGGAAAUAAUUAAUAAUGCUUUAGUGGUCAUAAGCGCAGGAUCUAACGAUUUCAUCUGGAACUUUUACGAUAUUCCCACUAGGCGUCUUGAGUAUCCUGAUAUCUAUGGUUACCAAGAGUUUGUUCUCAAGAGGCUUGACGGUUUUGUAAGGGAACUUUAUAGUUUAGGUUGCCGGAAUAUAGUUGUCGGAGGGUUGCCGCCAAUGGGAUGUUUACCGGUCCAAAUGACCACGAAAAUGAGAAAUGUUAUGAGAUUUUGUGUGGAACAAGAGAACACGGACUCAGUUUUGUACAAUCAAAAACUUGUGAAGAAACUGCCUGAGAUUGAAGCGUCUCUACCAGGAAGCAAGUUCCUUUACGCCAACGUAUAUGACCCUGUGAUGGAUAUGAUCCAAAAACCUAGCAAAUAUGGGUUCAAGGUGACGAAAAAAGGAUGUUGUGGGACAGGGUACUUAGAAACGGGCUUCAUGUGUAAUGUCAUUUCAAAGACAUGUUCGAACCAUUCGGAUCACUUGUUUUGGGACUCAAUUCAUCCCUCGGAAGCUGCUUACAAAUACCUAGGAAACUUUGUUGAUGCUCAGAUUCGAGGGUGGCUUAAGACUUAA